AGGCGCCCGGCGACGGGGCGCCCUGCGUUCGCUGCUCGGGCCACGUCCGGCGCUACCAGAGGGUCCUGGAAGGACGAGGAGGGCGUCGGCGCCCUGUCGCUGCGCAGCCUGCGGGCCGCGCUGGCCGACAUUUCGGUCGGCGAGGGCGCCCCCGGCGGCCCUGGCGCGCUGCUCCUGGAGCAGGGCCCGGACCCGGGCGUGGCGGCGGCGCACCCGCAGCUGGCGGCGCGGCUCGCGUCGCUGGAGGUGCCGCCGGCCGUGCAGCGCACGCUGGUCGGCCGGGGCCUCGUGACCAUCUGGGGCAGUCAGAUCGCCUCCGCCGCCGCUGUGGCGCCGGACGCCGGCGGCCUGGCGCUGCUGUGGGACCUGUCGCCGUGCGCGGAGGUGCUGCUGCGGCGGCUGUGGCACGCCGCGGCCCAGGACGCGUGACGCGGACGUUCGCGCACAGACGAACGGAACGCCCACGCUGAAGCGGCCCUCGGUGCCGGACGGCGUCGGCGUCGGCGGGGGAGGAGGAGCAGCAGCUGCCGGGAUGGCGACCGAUGAGGGCGGCGAGCCGGCCGACGUGCUGGACGUCCACCGCGCUGGGAAGCGCUUGCGGGUUCCAGGGAUGGAGGACGACACAUGAGUCGCCUGUUUGCCAAGACACAGACAGCGAUGUAGAGACAGCGUAGACAACACGUCGCUGGCCCGCGAACA